GAGCGCUCCUAAAGAUCGGAGACUCUGCGGGAAUUCUUUUCACCGCUGCCCAGGGCAGCGGCCGCUGUGAGCUUUGGCGUGGCGGACACCCUGCACCCGUCGCUGAUGCGACGAUCUUUUUCGACUCUUUGGAGUCCUUCCGCAAGAUCCUUCAGGACCCCAACGCUUUUCCUAGCCUCCUGCUUCGACGAAAGCUGCGUUUGCAGGGCGAUGCUAGCUUUUUGCAGUCCCUCCAGAGACCCGGAAGCUCCUCAGAGACUGCCAUGGUGAAAGAGCUCGCAAAGGAGCUCGACCAAGCGAUUGGCCGAGCGCUCGAGCAUGACGCCCCGGAGCCCAUCCAGUGUGCAGCAGUUUGGGUUCCCAAUGAUGCGUCGGAAGUGUGCAUGGAGUGUGGCAAGGAGUUCGGGAUUCUCCGCCGGCGUCAUCAUUGCCGGGCCUGCGGACGUCUGCUCUGCAGCAACUGCGCUCCGAAGGUGCCGCUCUCUCCCGAUGCCGUGGACAUGACGUGCCUUCCUUUGGGGCAGAGCCGCAACGGCAUCCGCCUCUGCGGCGCCUGCGACGCCAACGGAGCGCUGCCACUGCUCUCCGGAGCAUCCACGGCAGCUCCUUCCCGGAGAGCUUCCAUGGCCUCCGCCCGGCGGCCAUCCUACAUGCCGCGGCCCCACACAUAUUCGGACAUUUCCGAAGCCGCGAGCACGUUCGGCGCAGCUACGGAGGCCGCGGCCGAAAGACUGCGAGAGGUCAAGGAAGAGAUCGAAGCGCUCCGCGCCGCCGAGAGCAAACGCACCGAGCGCCACAUCCGCGCGGGCGUGCAGCGAAUCUGGCUGGCGACCCACCUCUGUCUGGCUGGCGCGGCGUUUGUGCUUUUCCUCUGGCGGGUCAGUGUGGCUGCCGCGUGGUUGGCGAUCUUGGUGGCUUUGUGGCACUUUGACGAGAGAUCCAUGCUGGCGCGCAUUGUUCGCGUCUUUUGGGCCGCUGGCGUAGUCACUUGCGGCGUCCUGGAAACUCGCUGGAAGCUCAGGGCGCUCGGCGUCACUGAAGGCGAGGAGUACGACGCCGAGUGGAAUUCCACCCAUGAGGUGUUGGCUCGCUUCCUCUUCCUUCAAAUCCUGAAGCUGAAGGGCUUUUGGAUCAAGUUGGGCCAGCAGCUUUCGGUGAAUGUGAUGCUUGCUGCACCCUACCGCACAGAGUUCAGCAAGCUGCAAGACAAGAUCCCGCCCAUGCCUGUAAGCGAUGUGCUGAAGACUCUGCAAGAGGAGUUUGGUGCUGAAGUCGUCUCGCAGAUCGACAUCGACAACUCUCCGCCACUGGGGACGGCCUCCAUCGCCCAGGUGCACAAGGCAAUCUGGCGACCAAAGGGAGCUGCCCACCAGGAAGUG